UGUACUGUCUGUGAUCUGUCUUCAGUCUUGUAAAUUGUCACUUGCUAUUUCAAGAAAAAGAUCGCGCUCUGCGCCGUUUUCAACUACGAACGAAAAAUCGAACUAUCGCUAUAUUUUUAUUUUUAAGAAUUAAUUUGUUGUGUAACAUUGUGAAACAUUUUAGUAUAUUUUGUGUGUUUUGAAAACAUUACAUAAUGCCGCUCCUAAGGCUUACGUCUGGCACUUUUGGGCAGCUGCGUACCUUCGCUACGUCAUCAGCCCUUGGAAAGAGAGUGAAAACUUUCGCAGUAUAUCGUUGGAACCCUGAUGAGCCCGACAAGAAGCCGUAUACACAAAAUUAUGAGGUGGAUUUAGAUGACUGCGCGCCUAUGGUGCUCGAUGCUCUUUUGAAGAUUAAAAAUGAAAUAGACCCCACCCUGACCUUUAGGAGGUCUUGCCGCGAGGGAGUGUGUGGCUCAUGCGCUAUGAACAUCGACGGAGUGAACACUCUCGCAUGCAUCAGUCAUAUCGAUAAGAAUGUGUCGAAGCCCACAAAGAUUUAUCCUCUCCCGCACAUGUAUGUGGUCAAGGAUCUGGUUCCAGAUUUGACUAACUUCUAUAAGCAGUACCAGUCGAUAGAGCCUUGGCUACAGCGUGAUAAGGAGGCUGUGAAAGGUAAGGAGACCCAGUUGCUCCAGGACGUAGAAGACAGAGCUAAACUGGACGGUCUCUAUGAGUGUGUACUCUGUGCAUGCUGUUCGACCAGUUGCCCCUCGUAUUGGUGGAACGGUGAUAAGUACUUGGGCCCUGCAGUGCUCAUGCAGGCAUACAGAUGGAUCAUUGAUUCCCGUGAUGACGCAACAGGUAAACGUCUUUCAAAGUUGAAGGACACAUACUCUGUAUACCGCUGCCACACAAUCAUGAACUGCACAAGGACUUGCCCGAAAGGAUUGAACCCAGGACGUGCUAUUGCACAGAUCAAGACAUUGUUAUCAGGCAUGGUCAAGAAACAGGCUCCGAUUAUGGACCCGGCAGGUUUAGAAAAACAGGCAGCGCACAACUGAUUUUCAGAGAAACCAGAUAAUUAACUUAAAAUCCUUUUGUUUCAAAUUGACAAUAAGAUAAUGCAGAUAAGAGUAAUUUAUUAUCAUUUUAGUUUAUUUAUUAUCUUGACUGAAUUGUGAUCUAUGCAUGGAAAAAUUUAGUAUUGACCUAGCUUAACCUUCAACUUUAUCAGUUAUAAAUUCUUGACCUCAACUGGUUGAUCUUAUUUUAUCAAAUAUUUGUAUGGAUAUGUAAUAAAAGAUGAUAUUAUAUAGUCAAAGUAUUAAAAAUGUAUUAUCGUGCCACAUUCAUCCAAAUCUAAAUUACACUCAUUUUAAAGUAUUAUAACAUUCUGAAUUAAAUUAUUGUCAUGUAGCUUGUAUAUGUUUUAGUUUAUUGAAUAAAGAUAACUUUCAAACAA